CCACUCUCAAGAGAAGCAAGUUUUUGUGGAUUACCUCGUUUCGCUCUUCGGUGUCAAUUUCCCAAUGUUAGACUGCAAUUGUAAGACGACCAAAUACUGGGGGGGCCACCUUUUCUAAUUUUUUCUCCUUUCAAAUAAGGAAAAACCCUAAAAUUCUCUACAAUCACCGCAUCGGACUGUUUCUGUUCACAUUUCUCCGCUUUAAUUUCUCGAAUUUUCUCUCUCUUCCUUUAACGGCCCUCCGGUAUCAUAUCUUUUCCUUCUGUUGCCUGCGAGGUAAUACAGCGUGUAGCUCCACUGCAGCUUCGGACUCAAGAAGGAAAAGCUCGAAACUUUUGGGAGAAUGGAUAACAUGCGUAAAUCAUCUAAGAGCAAACAACCUCUGCUCAACUAUAAGUGGGUUCCUCGUGACAUAGCCUAUUUUGAUGUUAUAGAAAUCGUUGGAGAUGAAGAUCUUGGGGUGUCUGACUUACAUAGAGAAGGCAUCAAUUGUUUCUCCAACAAUAAACUAUACGAUCAGUUUAUAAGUACAAACAAGAUCAUGUCAACAAUCUCAGGGUUUUGGGAAACUAUUGCUCAGCCGUCAUCUAUUCUGCAGUCCGGGAACACAACCAAGUACAAUAAUGAUACCAGCAUCACACAUCCAAGGACUGUGGAGAAAUUGCUGCUUGAUGCAAGUAUCAGUAGGAGUGAGUUCCUACAAAUAUGCCACCAGCCAAUAGGACCUAAACAAUCCUCAGACACAACUAGAUCUGUUUCACCUGGUCCAAGCAUAGCAAGUGUCAGUUCUUUCCUGAGCAAAAAUGGUUCAAGAUUUAGUUGUCUAAGGGAAACUCAAGAUGGUAUGCUGUCAUGUACAGGGAUUGGACAAGACAAUGAUUUUAUUUUCCGGAAAGUCAUUCCUGAUUCAUCUCUUUCUUUUCAAUCUUUAAAAGAUUGUGGGUCAACAACUCCUGGCUUUUCAUGUGACUUGGUGAGAAUGUAUGGUUAUAUAAGUAACUUCCCAUUCUUUAGUUCAAAGCAUGUUACCAGUGACACGCUGGUCAACUGUGAAGCAAGCGAUUAUGAAACUGAGAAAUCUUCGUCCAAAGCAUUUGAAGGACAAAGUUCUGGUGUUAAACCUACCCACCUUUCUAAACCUGCUGAUCCUUUUCAAGGUUCAUCUAGCCUUAAGACCCUAGAACCAAGUGAAAAUAUAAGCCAGUCCAAGACAUCUUUGCAUGCAGUUUAUCUAAUUGGAGAAACAGAAAAACGGGAAGGAUUGAGUUUUGUUUCAGAACUUCAAGGUUCUAGUAAUCUUUCUGAUCACCACAUCAAGCCAAGCAUCAUAGAGUCUGAUGAAAGAACGUGUAAACAACCAAAUAAAUCCUGUGAAGUGGCUGUAGAAAGUCAACAUGUUGUUCAUUGUUCCAGGGAGAAAGAUGAUAUGCUUGUGAACAAGGGAAAAGACUCGAGUGGUGAGGUCAUCAAGAAUGGUUUAUCAAGAUUUCCUCAUUUAUCAAUGUACAGUAGGGUCAGUAAUUCACCUGCAAAUGAAGGGUAUGCUCUUGCUGGGGCACUGGCUGGAAUAUUUGUUAGCUUGUGGCUUCAUCCAGUUGACACAGUCAAAACUGUUAUUCAGUCUCGUCGGAUGGAUCAAAAGUCCAUUUCUCAUGUUUUGGGAACAAUUCUGUCUGAAAAAGGUCUAAUGGGGCUUUAUAGAGGGAUCGGGAGCAAUCUUGUUACUUCAGCUCCUAUUUCUGCAGUUUAUACUUUUACAUAUGAAGCAGUGAAAGGAGCUGUAGUUCCUCUACUGCCAAAGGAAUACCAUUCUUUUGCACAUUGCACAGCUGGUGGUUGUGCAAGUAUUGCUACUUCAUUUAUUUUUACACCUAGUGAACGGAUCAAGCAGCAGAUGCAAGUUGGUUCACGAUAUGGGAACUGUUGGAAUGCAUUAAUUGGAAUUAUUCAGAAAGGUGGUUUGUCAUCCUUAUAUGCUGGUUGGGGUGCAGUUCUUUGCAGGAACAUACCUCAUUCGAUCAUCAAGUUUUACACCUAUGAAAGUCUGAAGCAGUGGGCCUCUUCAUCAAGUCAAAAUUGUUUACAACAUAGUACAUUGCAAACGCUUAUUUGUGGGGGUUUAGCUGGUUCUACUGCAGCACUGUUUACAACUCCCUUUGAUGUUAUUAAAACAAGACUUCAAACCCAGAUACCUGGAUCAAUCAAAGUUUAUAAUGGUGUUUUCCAUGCUUUGAAAGAUAUAGCCAAUGAAGAGGGUUUGAGAGGCCUGUACAGAGGUCUAACACCAAGAUUGAUCAUGUACUUGUCACAAGGGGCAAUAUUUUUUGCAUCCUACGAAUUUUUCAAGAGACUAUUUUCUUUGGAAAUACAAAAAAUGGAUGGACAACAUCACAUAGCCAGAUACGACACAAAGGAGGGUAACCCUGUUUCCAGGACUGCUUAAGAACACAACCAAUGAUGCUACUGGUUUGUUUGUGCUGGUGUUUUUGCAUUUUAAGUGGACAUGCUUUGCCACUAUGGAAUUUUGCACCUGCGCUAUUGAGAUCAGUGGUUAGUGGGGUUUCUUGUUUUGGGCUUCAUAGCUUUGCUGCUUCUGGGUGAUGACACGCUAUUUAUCUUGUCCAAUGAAUAGAGAUGGCAGCAAGUGGAUCACACAAACAGCCUUCAAUCUUUUAAGGUAAAGUUUUUUGAUCAGCUGUCCAUGUGAAGUGUCUCAUAGCCAUAUUAGCUAACCAUACUAUCAAUCUUCCUAUGUGCCUGCCUUAUGGGAAAGAAGAUCUGAUUUCAAUAUUUCUCUUACAUAAACCUCGAAGUUUCAUUAGAUCUUAUGGUUGGAUGAAUGUUCUGAUUCCUUUUUUUAAAAAAAAAAACCCUCGAUGAAGAGAUGUGCUAUGUUCUGGUAAUUUUCCCUUGGUUUCUGCAUAUUAUAAAUUGGUUAGUUAAUGUAAACACAACAAAUAGCUGUUGUUGGUUACCUAUCUGCCACUUGCCAAACAAUUUUCCACUUGCCCCACUUCUAGUGCCGUUUUUCCUCAAGUGUUUCCAUAACCUUCUGUUGGAGGCCGCCUAUUCUACAUUUUAAAAUUAAAAUUGCUUCUUUAAAUGCAUUAAUUCUCUGCGUCAUGGUUUUGUAUUUCUUUUCCCUUAGUUGUGAAGUUACUUUAACCAUUCCUGCUAGGAUAAUGUGACUAUUGACAGUCUGACUAGUCACAUCGGCCUCUGGGUGAAACCAUUUGGGCAUGAUGGCAAUAAAGGUCCAGCAGGUGAAACACUGAAGCUAUUGCUAUGUUUGAAGACUUCAUGUGUUGGUGCCGUACAGGCACUUUUGGUCAUCAGAGAGUGGUUUUGCUGGCUAAGGAGCUGAAGAGGAUAUAGAUCCAAGUUGUACUAUGUCCGUCCAAUAGCAGUCACGAAACCAAAUUAGCUGUUCUUGUGUAAGUACUCUCUCUCUUGCUCUCUCUCACUCGUUCACUCACUUGCACACACACGUGCACAUGCCAUUGAAGUGCAGAGUUUGGAUCAGACCCCUUGAACAGGUUGAAUUUCUUUUUAAGUUAAUUGUUUGACAAGUUCCAUUAAUACAGAUGUUUCACAAUCUUGUAUCACAGUGGAUUUGUUUGCAUUCUUUGCUUGGAUUCAUGAGCGUUGGGAAGCUAUUGCUUUGUUGAAAGACUACAUGUGGUGGUGCUAUACAAAUAAUUUUUGGUCAUCAGAACGCUUCUGCUCACUAACGAACUUGGGAUGAGAUGAAGAGGGUGUAGGUCCAAAUCAUAUCAUAGUCAAUCCACUAGCACUGUUGAAUCUAAAUUAGCUCUUCUUCCUCUCUCUCUCUCGCUCCCUCUCUCUCUCCCUCUCUCUCUCUCUCUCUCUCUCUUGUGCACCAGCCAAUUGCCUUCAAGUGCAGAAGUUGGAUUGGAUCAUUUGCAGGUUUGAUUUCUCUUUUAGUUCACUAUUUUACAAGUUUCAUUGGUUGGAUGUUUCGCAAUCUUGCUCCACAGUGGAUUUUGUUUGCAUUACUGGGCUUGGAUUCAUGAGUGUUUUGUUUAGCCAGGCGAUAUCAAGUUCUUGUAGUACUGUGUUCGUGCUGUUUAGUCUGGCCAGAGAAUUAAAUUUCUGUUUGGUUCGCUUCAUGCAGGUUUAAAAUGGGCAUAUUGUCCGGUUGGGCUGAUCCUCUUCUCCAUUCUGGUUGCCGGCGCCAACAUGAUUUGAGGUCUGAAGCUUUAGGUAAUGCCGGAGACCACCUGAGUUGGUGCUUUAACUUCCUUAAAAAUGGUGAAUUGAGAGUUUUAUCGCUGAGGACCAUUGUUGAAAAAGUUGGAAUGGGAAUGUGGACCUCAAAGCCUCAAGGAGCAAGGAAACCCCUUGGAUGUACCUGCCGCACCAUACUUUGUGCACGUGGUCUGGCUUUCAUCAGAGUGCCUUCUAUGAGGGUCAAACUGUAUCGAUUUUCCCCCGAGUAUCCACUUCAAGUGUUAUAAAAAAUUUUAAAAACCAUAAGCACUUUGGAUAGCAAUAAUAAGUUAAGAUAUUGUAAA